GGCUGCUCGCAGGGCGCAUGUUUGGAGAGGCUGGCUGGAGGGAAAUGAAGUGAGGAAGCUGAGCCUCCAAACUUUCUUUGUUUUUGUGUUGUUUUACAGCAUGCGGCCUUUCUGCGGGUAACAGCUUGUUCCAGCCUUGCUGUUCUGUGUGCAGUUCUGUGGGUCUGUGCUGAAGGGGGAGUUGGGGAUUGGCAGGUCUAAACUAUGAGUACCAAGUCUAAACUCAAGCCUAAACCUAAACCCAGGAGAGCUGGUAUGGAUAAAUCUGGUGAUUCUUCCAAGCGAGGGAAGAAAACCAAGCCCAAACCAAAGGUGGGUGGAAAACAGCCAACAGCAAAGGACCAGAAAGACUCGGAACCGGCCCUUCAUUCAGUUUCUGGACAAGCCUCUGUAAAAGCUGCGUCCUCUCAGAGCACCACUUCAAAUGAUAAUGGGUCUGCCCAAGAAGUCCUGCAUGAAGCUCCGAUGUCCCAGAGUUUGGACUCCAGUAACACAACUAGUCAUGCAGCAAAGGCUUUGUCUGCAGAAGCCUCUGGGGAGACUGGAGAGGGUGCAGCUAAUUUUAAGGGCUCUGAGGAAGCGAAGAAAGUUUCUACGCCUGUGCAGUCACGCCUGGCCUGGAAGACCAUGGUCAGACCAGCUUCACCUCCAGAUGCACUAAAGACCCUAAAUGCUGGAAACAGCACUUCACAGAAAGACCCAGAGCUGGAGAAGUCCUUAACAUUACCACCAGCAGCAGCACCUCCUCAGUUAAAGCUACCUCAGAAACAAAAAGGCUCAGCGAAACCACAAACAGUGGUGAAAAAAAGGAAGAGGAAGAUGGGGUUGUACAGUUUUGUUCCCAAAAAGAAAGCCAAAGUGUCGACUAAACAGAAUCUCAUCUUACCCUCUUCUAGCAGCCAGAAGGAAGUGUUACAUGUAGCCAAAGGAGUCCAGCUGCAACUGGAGGAGGCAUUCAAACCUAGAACCAAACUGGAUAACCAAGAGAAGCAGAGCGGGAGUGCAGCUGAAGGAGGAGCAGCAGCUGAACCCCAGAAUAAGAAUGAUGAUGUAAAAGCUUCUCAAAACGACUGUGAGGAAUACACAGAGCUGCCGCUGUACUCUCUGGCCCAGGAGAGUGUGCUCACAGCUAUUCGCACAGGCUUGCCUGAGGAUAAGGAGAACAUGGAAGCGGAUGAAAUGCUGGAGCCGCCACUCUGCUGCUGCCGUAUGGAGACACCCAGGAACCAGGAUGUUGUAACCCUGGCAGAGGGGAAGUGCAUGGCUGUGGAGAGUGUAGAUGGGAAGCUGAGUUUGUGUCGGAGGCCCAUCCACAAGCAGGAGAUGAUGCGUCCGUCUCUGCGGAUCCCCCUGCUGGUGCUGUGCGAGGACCACCGAGCCGGCAUGGUCAAACACCAGAGCUGCCCAGGCUGCGGCUUCUUCUGCAGGGCUGGAACUUUCAUGGAGUGCCAGCCUGAUGGUCACAUCUCUCACCGGUUCCAUCGGAGCUGUGCCUCUGUGAUCCGCGGGCAGCUUUUCUGCCCUCACUGCGGAGAGGAAGCCUGCCAGGCUAAAGAAGUUACCAUCCCCAAAACUGACUCUGUAAUUACCAUGCCCGCUAUCACCACAGCUGCUUUACCAAGAGACAGAAGAGACUCUGCUUCAGCCGAAAAACCAAGUGUGGUCCCUUCACCUGCCAGACCUGUAGAUCCUGCAGUAGAAUCACUAGAGACGGUUCUAGAAACACUGGAGGAUGGAGAGUAUAAGAAGUCAAAGCUUCCCCCGAAGCAGCUAUUCUUUUCAGCUAGGAGAGGCGAGCUGCAGCAGGUCAUGCACAUGCUGGUGGAGGGGGUGGAUCCGAACUUGCAGAUGGAGAGCGAGAGGAGGCGGACGCCUCUCCAUGAGGCUGCAGCUGAGGGCCACAAGGAAAUCUGCCACAUUCUGGUGCAGGCGGGAGCAAAUCUGGACAUGUGUGAUGAUCGGCAGCGGACUCCUCUGAUGGACGCCUGUGAAAACAACCACAUGGUAACAGUGGAGUAUCUGCUGAAAGCUGGGGCCUCCACAUCACACAAGGAUAUAAGAGGAUCUACAUGUCUUCACAUGGUGGCUCGAGGAGGUCACACUGGCAUACUGCAGCAUCUUCUGUCCACUUCCUUUAUAGAUGUCAACUGUAAGGAUGACGGGGGAUGGACUCCUAUCACUUGGGCCACCGAAAACAUGCACAAAGAACAGGUCAAGCUGCUGAUAGCUAAAGGAGCAGACAUCCAUAUGAGGGACAAGGAGGAGAAUAUCUGUCUGCACUGGGCUGCGUUCGCAGGCUGUGAUGAUAUUGCUCAGCUGCUGCUGGAGAACAGGUCAGACCUGCACGCCGUGAACAUUCAUGGAGACUCUCCUCUGCAUAUAGCGGUCCGACAGAACCAGCUGGACUGUGUUAUGCUCUUUCUGUCCCGAGGAGCAGACGUCAACCUGAAGAACAAAGACGGAGAGACCCCUCUGGACUGCUGCAGUGCCAACUCCAAGGUGUGGACCAUCCUAAACACCAGCAAGAAGCUCACGGAUGCUCGCAAAGGCAGAGACAGCCAAGGAGAGAAGCUCCUCUGCAGAGAUUUGUCACGUGGCUAUGAGGAGGUUCCUGUAUCCUGUGUGAAUGGAGUGGACCAGGAGCCCUUCCCAAACGACUUCAAGUACGUCCCUGAGAACUGUUUCACCACCCAGGUGAACAUCGAUGAGAAUAUCACACACCUACAGCACUGCACAUGUAAAGAUGACUGCUCCUCCAGCAACUGUAUCUGUGGCCAGCUCAGCAUGCGCUGCUGGUAUGACCGGGAGGGCCGUCUGUUGCAGGAGUUCUGUAGAGAAGAUCCACCCUUUCUGUUUGAGUGUAACCAUGCCUGCUCGUGCUGGAGAACGUGCCGGAACCGAGUGGUACAGAACCGUCUGAGGGUCCGCUUGCAGGUCUUCAGAACGGCCAAAAUGGGCUGGGGUGUGAAAGCUCUGCAGGAUAUUUCUGAAGGAACCUUCAUAUGCGAGUUUGCUGGUGAAAUAAUCUCAGAUGGAGAAGCGAAUGUGAGGGGGAACGACUUGUACAUGUUCAACCUGGACAAUAAGGUGGGUGAGGUAUACUGCAUCGAUGCCCACUUUUAUGGCAACGUUGGCAGGUUUAUAAACCACCUGUGUGAGCCCAAUCUGUUUCCUGUACGAGUUUUCACCAGACACCAGGACCUGCGCUUCCCACGUAUCGCUCUGUUCUCCAGCAAAGCCAUAAAGGCUGGAGAUGAACUUGGGUUUGACUAUGGAGAUCAGUACUGGGACAUCAAGAGGAAGUACUUCAGCUGUCAGUGUUCCUCUUCAAAGUGCAGGCACUCCGGGUCCGUCUCGAGCCGCAGCCACGUGGACAGCUCAGCCCAAACCCCCACAGUCCGGUCCUCAGCUCAGUCAGCCGCCACUGAGCGCAUUCACUCAGCCAGCACUGGACGAGCAGUAACCCGGCCCUGAGGCCUGAGACUGAACUCUACAGUGACUCUACAGUAUUCCUCUCUACUGUUAUCUGCCACUAGAUCAUAUUCAACAUCAUGUUUCUUAAUAGUUCUCAUCAUAGUGUCAUCAUACUGUUUAUAUACAGUAUACACACAUAUAUAUAUUUUUCCUCUGUGAAUUAUUUGUUUUAUACAAAUGCAAGUAUUCAAUGAUUUCUGCACUUCAAAGCAGUGGAAAGCAUUUUAAACAUUUAAUUUUUUAGAGAAUUUUAAAAUUGAGAAAUACCGUUUUUAAAACAAAACUAUUUUUAGCAUGAUAAAAGUCUCCAAUUAGAUUCAAAAAAUGAAUCUGGCAGUGAUUUAAGUUAGCCUGCCCUAUAUUUUAUUUGUACUACAUGUAAUCAAUGGUGUGUUUGAGCAGCUGAUACUGCUGAACAUCAAUCAGAUGUUCAGAUAAUGGCUGAAUUAACGAAAGAAGGUGCUGCUCGUGUUUUUAAGCCUUUUAAGCUGUUUUUAAAAUCUAUUUUUUCAGUCACCCAAGUUUUAAUCAUGUUCUCAAUACUGACAGCAAUAUGAUCAUGUGUGAAAUAAAUUCAUUUUUUAUA